CUCUCUUCGGGUUCAUGACACCGAAUCUAACCUCUCUAGCGUCUGAUGGGUUGCUGACGGAUGGUUGAUGGUGCAGUGUGGCCCCUCCCCUGCCUUCUUGUUGCCUCAGCAGAGAGCCCAAGCGCGGAGUAGUUAUAAAGAAUACGACCACGCAGACAACAACAAUGUCCUUUGCGCGAGCUGUAACCCGCUCUUCCAUUCGCCAAUUCUCCGCCCAGGGGCCCAAGCCAGAGAGUCGAACCCAGCGGUUUGUUGCGAAUUCUGCGCUCGUUGCUCUGGUCGUGAUACCUUUCAUUCACCCCGCGCUGGAAAGCUUGCGGCAAAAGAGGAGCGGGAACACUCAUGAGAGCAAUAGUUACCCGCCGCUCUGCUUCCGUACAUAGUAACGACAGACUAAUCUUACCGAACAAAUGUUGGUCCCACACGUCUGUCGUCUUUAAUUGACUAGGGUUGCAUAUUUUCCCGUACCAGGCGGGCUAUAUCCAAGUCGUUUACUUACCCGGUUUUGAAUCCAGUGUCAUUGGCGGGCCUCAAGGCAUGGUAUCUGGGAAUGGAGUUGCAGGGCGACUUUUUAAUGCUUUCUAUUCCUUUUUUAAUUCCUUCUGGACUCCAAUGGCACUUAGUUCCUGUCAUAUUAAAUUAGCAGCAGCUAAUUUUCGGAAUUGAUG